AUGAGCGGAGAAGAGGAUGAUGAUGAUGGGGAUGGACAAGAGGGGGAAGUGGUGGUUGGGGAAGGGAAGAAAAAGAAAAAGAAGAAGAAGUCAAAGAAGAAGAAGACUACUGUCGUACAAACUGAACCACCCACAAUUGGCUUGAGUAAAAUCUUCAAGAAUGGUGUAUAUCCCAUUGGCGAAGAGAUGGAUUAUACAAAUGAUUCCACUCGUCGAACUUCUCCUGAAAGUCUAGAACGUGAACGAUUAGCUCAAGAAGACCCAAGUAGUUCUUAUCAAAAUAUCCGUCGAGCUGCCGAGGUCCACCGACAAGUACGCGCAUACGCCCAAAAGACAAUAAAACCAGGGAUGACCAUGACGGAAAUAGCAGAGUUGAUCGAAAAUGGGACCCGGACGUUGGUCGAGGAGAAUGGAUUAGAAUCAGGGAUAGGUUUCCCUACUGGUUUAAGUGUGAAUGAAGUGGCUGCUCAUUACACUCCGAAUGCUGGGGAUACGAAAGUCCUACAACAAUCCGACGUUAUGAAAGUCGAUUUCGGUGUUCAUGUCAAUGGUCGAAUAUUAGAUUCAGCAUUCACGAUGAAUUUCGAACCUACUUGGGAUAAAUUAUUAGAAGCUGUUAAAGACGCUACGAACACAGGUGUGAAAGAAGCUGGAAUAGAUGUAAGAUUAUGUGAUAUGGGUGAAGUCAUACAAGAAGUUAUGGAAUCUUAUGAAGUUGAAAUCGGAGGUAAAACAUUACCGAUCAAAAGUAUAACAAAUUUAAAUGGUCAUUCAAUCACACCUUAUUCAAUUCAUGGUGGUCCAUAUGGUAAAAGUGUACCUAUAGUGAAACAAUUCGGAAAUGAAAAAGAUGAAAGAAAAAUGGAAGAAGGAGAAUAUUUCGCUAUUGAAACUUUUGGUUCUACUGGUAGAGGUAGAGUGAUUGAAGAAGGUACUUGUUCUCAUUAUGCUUUAUCACCAAGAAUGCCAGAUAGAUAUACUUUACAUCAUCAAUCUGCUAAGAACUUGUUAAAGUCAAUUCAAAAGAACUUCGGGACAUUACCUUUCUGUAGGAGAUAUCUUGAUCAUGUAGGAGAAAAGAAUUAUCUUUUAGCUUUGAACACUUUAGUCAGAGAAGGUUUAGUAGCUGAUUAUCCACCUUUGGUCGAUCCUGUACCAGGAGCCAUGACAGCUCAAUAUGAACAUACCAUCUUACUUCGACCCACCUGCAAAGAGGUGGUUUCACGUGGUGAUGAUUACUGA